GCUGCAUAGGGCAGCAGUGACUUGGCGGGAUGCGACCAUGCGAUGUCGGUCGGUCGCCUGUUCAACAGCACCCCGAAAACUAUUAUUACCACACCCGUCCCCGUCCCCGUCCUCUCCUCAACUCUUAUCGCAUGAGCAACAGCCUGCUCUAUAGCUGUUUGGCAUGACCUUGUCCCACGACAAUCAGUACAGCGAUAUUUCGCUGGACGAGACGCUCGAUGAGUACAAGGGCCCAGAGAAGCUGACUCUGCAAGUUCCGCAGCGCAACAACACCGUCGUCUCGAGACACACACAACCCGGUGUCCGCAAAUUCCAAUGGGGCACACUCACGCCCUUCAUCUGGGCGUUUGUACUGACCUUUGGGCCGACACUGGGCUUGCUCAUCUAUCUGCUUGUAACCAAAGUUGCCGAUGUUGGAGCCUGCGGGACAUCGGGCCACGGCCCAUGUCCGUUCUACGGCAAUGUGACACUCGGCGAGCGGACCCUAAUCAUCAGUGAGCCGCUUGGUCGGUUCCUGACAGUGACCAAGGUCGUCGAUACGGUUCAGCAGCUUGCUAUUACUUGGGUUUUGGCACUCGCAGCCUUUUCCAUCGCUGAAAGCUGGCUCACCAACAAUGCACUGACAACGCGAACCUUGGCUCUCGUCAUCAACAUGUACGCAUCUGGUCGAUGGUGGGCGCUAUGGGAGUCCUUCCAUGUCAUCUUUAGCAAGAAGAAGGGACAUUCAUCUCGCACGUUUGUGCACGCCCUCAUUAUUUUGUUGAUUGCGCUCCUACUCUCUAAACUAGCAACUGGUGCUGAUUUAUGGAUUCAUUAUGCCAGCAAAGAAGCCAUCUUUGCGAUCGGCCAGAAUACGCCAAUUUCAACUCAGCAGCUUUGGUCUAGGCAAAUCAACAAUACCUGCCGCGUCACCAACGAUGGCGUAGUCAACACAGGCUUCGUCGUGCCUUGCACCAUUGUCCCAAGUUCUCUCGGAACAGCCUUGUCCUUCCCAGCCUUGGCUGCUGCUCUGUCGACGAAUGCUUCAAUCUCGGAUGAAGUGGCUCUUGUAUUCGAUGGCAAUGUGUCGACAGCCAGUGUCGGCACGAGUCUCGGCUAUUCGAAUUUGGCAAUCGUUGUGCCCAAGUCGUCAGCUGUCGAACGUCGUGUCUAUAACGCUUCUACCAUCGGUGUCUCGACAUUUUGCAAGAGUGUCACGAACGCCUGCCUAGGCCGACAAAUACCGCACGGAUCCUCCACCUUCAACUGCACCGGCAAGUUCAAUGGAUCUGAGGCGACCGAAUUUUACUAUAACUUCCCCGCUGGUAAUUCGGCUGGCAUUUUGACUAUGGGCACCGGGGGUGACUCUCCUAUAAGCAACCCGACGGUCAGGUACAUCUCGCAACUCCUAAUUGCCGGUAAUGGAUCUGAAUUUGUCGGUGGAAGUGCUCAAGCUCGGUCGCUGCUCAAUGUUCAGCAAUGUACGAUUGGCAUCUACUAUGUCAAUUACACGUCUGCACAGUACGGUUCAGAGCCUCGUGUUCUGACCAUCAAUUCUAGACAGCUCAUGGACCUCAACUCGAGUACUACCAUUUCAGCGGCAAGUAUUCAAUCUGCAUUCGAAGAUUCGCUAUCGGCCUCGAAAGGUGCUGCACAAGUCUCCUCAGAGGCCUUUGACUGGACCAACGCAUACGAGAUUUCUCGCUACUCCCUGAGUUAUGCAGCUGGCGCUUGGUCAGAACAGCCUUCAUUUGGUAUAGAAGCGACUCCCGAAGCCAGGGCUUACUCAUGCAUUCCUUUAGCGCCAGUGGCCAUCUUCUUUGCGCUCAUCUUUGCCUACUCAAUCUUUGUCAUUCUCCUAUUCGUUUGGUCAACUAGGACAGGAAAGCAGAUCAUCAACAUUAUGACGACCGGAACAGUGAAAGGCAAUGAGAACCCAGCAACCCAAGAGACUGUCACCAUGACUGAACUCGCUCAGCGACGACUGGUACGUACAGACUUCUUGCUCUACCAGCUCCUCAGUGAGGAUGGUCACAAGUCAACCAAGACGGAUGCAGACGAUGUCAUGCGUGGUGAAGAUUCUCAAAUUGCUGUUGCAGAGCUUGUCGAUGGACGCUUUGGUGUCUAUGCUUCUGGCAAAGAUGGCGAGGCGAGUACACCUACCUGGGGGGUCUCCAACGGCAGGAGUUUCCGCCUCAGAUCACCGGACUCGCAACGAUCCUUGAUCAAUCCACCGAGUGCUACGUCAGGCUCCACACGAUAUGUACCACGGCCUUCGAAAGGCGACACGAUUUAUUGAUGAUCUUUUCAUUCUUUUCACUUUAGCGAGCGUUUAUAACUAUCAAAUUUACC